AAAAGAAGGGCCUAUAUUUUGCUAAACUCCGUGAUUCUAAUUCCGCCUUUAUACAGUAAACCUCGACGCUAACACUUCCUUGAACUACAGUUACAGUCGAGUCGUUCAUCAGACAAGAGAGCCAACAAUGAGUGAACCACAGACGACAAUAACGGAAGAACCAAAGUCACAGGCGCCACCUGAUUAUCAGCAGUCUUCUCCAGAACAAUACCCCAUUCAGGCUCCGCCCAUGAUGCAGCAAGGUCAACCAAUGAUGCAGCAAGGUCAACCAAUGAUGCAGCAAGGUCAGCCAAUAAUGACGCAGCCAGGUCAGCCAAUGAUGCAGCAAGGUCAACCAAUGAUGAUGCAGCAAGGUCAAAUGGCACCAAUGCAUUCCCAAACUACCAGCAAUACAAACGUGGUAAUGAUCAACCAGCAGCCUGUUACUGCCCGUGCUGCCCCACGAGAGUGGAGUACGGGAUUGUGUGGCUGCUUUGACGACUGUGGCACUUGUUGGUAUUCGGUUUUCUGUCACAAAAAUGUGUUGUGUGAGAUUUCUCAACGUCUAGGAGAGGGCAGAUGCUUCGUCUGUUGUUGCCCCUUUCCCCUUCUUAGCCUCAGGAUAAAAUUCAGAGCUCAACAAAACAUCAAGGGAUCACUGUGCAAUGACCACCUGACAGUUCAAUACUGCUACUUGUGUGCCUUGUGUCAGCUGGCGAGGGAGAUUGACCACGUUCAACGCAUACAAAGAGUCAAUUGAGGUUGUACGUCACAUAGUAACUAAACGAUGUUCGCUAAUUUUCAGCAAUUUUGUUUACAGUCUAGCUUGAUAGUAGAGCAGUAAUACGUAAUGAUUUUUGUCGUUUCUCUGUCAGUUUUAUAAUCAGCAUUUUAUUCUAUCUUAUUUUGAAACUGUUAAAAGAAACUAGGAAGGUAGAGGUAGAGGUAAAAGGUAGAGUGUUUGCAUGGGUUACCUUUAGUGUCCUAGUGUUCUAGUGUCCUAAUGUAUUGUAUAUUUGAAAAAGGUAGAGAGUGUUGCAUGGGUUGCCUUUGGUGUCCUAGUGUCCUAGUGUCCUUUAGUCCUAAUGUAUAUUUGAAAAAGGUAGAGAGUGUUGCAUGGGUUGCCUUUGGUGUCCUAGUGUCAGUAGAUAUGAAGUACCAAUUCUACGCCACAUGAGUGAGGUUCCAUUGAGGUUCCAUUGAAGUACCCCCUCCCCUUCAGGAUCUUUUCAGAGGUGACGUCAUGUCUUACUUCCCCGUGUUUUUAGUUGGCUGGAUUGCACCACAUACUAUAUUUUACGUCAAAGUUUAAUCCUAAUAAAAGUUUCUAAUUAUUUAUAAAAA